UUAAGUACAAAUCAAGACCUGUAGUUUUCGAGACUCAUAGACUAAGUUGAAAUUCUUUCGCUGGAUAGAUGGGGACACGGAAAGGACACCGAAAGGGCCAGGGCCUUGCCCGAAAUUACUCAGCAAGUUAUUUGCAGAGCUAGGACUUGUACCCAGUUCUCCCGAAGUCGUGGAAUAUUAGGCUGGGCUCUUUCCUUGCACACAUUGGGGACCACGGUUUGGAAAAGGCUUUUGACCCAGAAAUCACCAAGAGCUGCUCCAAAAGAAGGACAUGAGAAAUGUACUCGGACUAGUGUGGCCUGAAAGUAGGAAGUGAGAAGAGUCACAGACGGGUUGCAGUGAGGAACAAAGAUCUGCUGUGUGUCCACCAAUCUAAUCGACUUGCUCAGGGAGGCUGAAGCAUCUAUCUCCAGAAAUGUCUUCAGAAAGUAAAGAGCCACAUGUCCUUUCACCCAAGGACUCAUUUGAAGGAAAUGACCGAUACAGUCCUCCAUCUAGGAUCCAUCUGGAACGUGAAAAGAAAUCAAGUACUGACUUCAAGCAAUUUGAGGCCAGUGAGCCAUGCAGACCUUAUCCUAGGAUCCACAUGGAACCUCAAGAGAAAUCAAAUACUAACUUCAAGCAGUUUGUCAUAAAAAAACUGCAGAAGAGUUGCCAGUGCAGUCCAACCAAAGCAAAAAAUAUGAUUUUUGGUUUCCUACCUGUUUUGCAGUGGCUCCCAAAAUAUGAUCUGAAGAAAAACAUUUUAGGAGAUGUGAUGUCUGGCUUGAUUGUGGGCAUCUUAUUGGUGCCCCAAUCCAUUGCUUAUUCUCUCUUGGCUGGUCAAGAACCUAUUUAUGGUCUAUAUACAUCUUUUUUUGCCAGCUUAAUUUAUUUCCUAUUGGGUACCUCCCGUCACAUCUCUGUGGGCAUUUUUGGAGUACUGUGCCUUAUGAUUGGUGAGGUAGUUGACCGAGAACUACUCAAAGCUGGCUACGACACAGUCCAUAUUGCCCCUUCUUUAGGAAUGGUUUCAAAUGGGAGCACGUCAUUAAACCAGACGUCAGGCAGGAUAUGUGACAGAAGUUGCUAUGCAAUUAAAGUUGGCAGCACUGUAACCUUUCUGGCUGGAAUUUAUCAGGUAGCGAUGGGCUUCUUUCAAGUGGGCUUUGUUUCUGUCUACCUCUCAGAUGCCUUGCUGAGUGGAUUUGUUACUGGUGCCUCCUUCACUAUUCUUACAUCUCAGGCCAAGUAUCUCCUUGGGCUCAGCCUGCCUCGGAGUAGUGGCGUGGGCUCACUCAUCACUACUUGGAUACAUAUCUUCAGAAACAUCCACAAGACCAAUGUCUGUGAUCUCAUCACCAGCCUUUUGUGCCUUUUGGUUCUUUUGCCAACCAAAGAACUCAAUGAGCACUUCAAGUCCAAGCUUAAGGCACCGAUUCCUACAGAACUCGUUGUCGUUGUGGCAGCCACAUUAGCCUCUCAUUUUGGAAAACUACAUGAGAAAUACAAUACCAGUAUUGCUGGACAUAUUCCUACUGGGUUUAUGCCACCCAAAGCACCGGACUGGAACUUAAUUCCCAGUGUGGCUGUAGAUGCAAUAGCUAUUUCUAUCAUUGGUUUUGCUAUCACUGUAUCACUUUCUGAGAUGUUUGCCAAGAAACAUGGCUACACAGUCAAAGCUAAUCAGGAAAUGUAUGCCAUUGGCUUUUGCAAUAUCAUCCCUUCCUUCUUUCACUGCUUUACUACUAGCGCAGCUCUUGCAAAGACGUUGGUUAAAGAAUCAACAGGCUGCCAAACUCAGCUUUCUGGUGUGAUGACAGCUCUGGUUCUUCUAUUGGUCCUCCUGGUAAUAGCUCCUUUAUUCUAUUCCCUUCAGAAAAGUGUCCUUGGUGUGAUCACUAUUGUAAAUCUCCGGGGAGCCCUACAUAAAUUUAGGGAUCUGCCCAAGAUGUGGAGGGUUAGCAGAAUGGAUACAGUUAUCUGGUUUGUUACUAUGCUGUCCUCUGCACUAAUAAGUACUGAAUUAGGCCUGCUUAUAGGGGUUUGUUUUUCUAUGUUUUGUGUCAUCCUCCGCACUCAGAAGCCAAAGGUUUCAUUGCUUGGCUUAGUGGAAGAGACUGAAAUCUUUGAAUCCAUGUCUGCUUAUAAGAACCUUCAGGCUAGGCCGGGCAUCAAGAUUUUCCGCUUUGUAGCCCCUCUCUACUACAUAAACAAAGAAUGUUUUAAAUCUGCUUUAUAUAAAAAAACUCUCAACCCAGUCUUAGUAAAGGCAGCUCAGAAGAAGGCAGCAAAGAGAAAGAUCAAAAAGCAACCAGUGACUCUCAGUGGAAUCCAGAAUGAAAUUUCAGUGCAACUUUCCCACGAUCCAUUGGAGCUCCGUACCAUAGUGAUUGACUGUAGUGCAAUACAAUUUUUAGAUACAGCAGGGAUCCAUACACUGAAGGAAGUUCGCAGAGAUUAUGAGGCCAUUGGCAUCCAGGUUCUGCUGGCUCAAUGCAAUCCCUCUGUGAGGGAUUCCCUGGCUCGGGGAGAGUAUUGCAAAGAUGAAGAAGAAAACCUUCUCUUUUAUAGUGUAUAUGAAGCGAUGGCUUUUGCAGAAGAACCUCAGAAUCAGAAAGGAAUAUGUAUUCCCAACGGUCUCUGAGUCUUUAGACUCAGAUUCGUUGAGAAAGUAGAUGGAAGAAAGAAUAUUGUCUAGCCAUGGAGCUGGAAAAUGUUGCAAACUUGAAAUCUUAACCUAUUGGCUAGACAGCAUUCUUCCUUUGAAGCUGAUGUCCUUUGCAGAUACACAAAUGCAGCAGAACUUAUAGAUAGGCAGAAUAAAAAAAGGAAAAUACUGUGGUUUCAAGCCUUCUUGCAGAUAUGAGGUAUUCUUGGAAUUAAGUAAAUAUUCUACUGAAUUGAACUGUAAACAUAAUUACCAUCCUGUUUUACGAGAUACAUUUGGACUCUUCCUUCUCCAGGAGGUACAGGGAUGUAGCUGGCAUUUACGUGAGGUGCCAGAGCCUCCUUGACAUGGCUCUCAGGAGAGGUAGUGGAAAGGAGGCAGGGAGUGAAUGUUGUGCCUGCUCACGCACCAGCAGAUCAAAAGGCUUCUGGAGCACAAGGUAAUAACUAGACGAGUUUGUUCGUACUUGUGCUUCUCUAUUUCCAGUCUUUGCUCUCCAGACGGCUUUUAAUAGGAAAGCACCAUUCCUCGCCUUAAGGCUGGGAACCAUGGGCACAGUCUUAUCAGGAACCUGAUGGCUGGGCUGGUUUGUGAAAUCCUACCAGCCAGCAUCACAUUAUGCAGAACGCUCUUUGUAGUCAUGUUUUUAGUCGUGCCUUUUUGUUUAGGGUAAGUAGGUAACCAAGAAACUCUUCAUAGUCAGCAAGAAUAACAGGAAUCCUUACUGUCUUUUCUGUGAUCUCUGUCUGUCCCUGAUUCUGAGUAUUUCUCUACCAUUAAGCUCUGUGUUAGCCUUCAGUUAUGUUGUGUGUUUCCCAUGGAAUCUGUCCUAAACUGCUAUGGCUGAUGACCAGUAACAAGCUUGCCCGAUAAAAGUCAUAAUGCUGACUCAGCGAUUCUAUAUAGCAUUUUAAAUGAGGUUUUGGCAAACUUGAGGAUGUAUUCCAAAAAAAAAGAUUGACAGGUUCCCUUAAGAAUUUGUUUCCUGGGGCCAGCCUAGUGAUGCAGCGGUUAAAUUCGCACGUUCUGCUUCAGCAGCCCGGGGUUCACAGGUUCAGAU